UAAUACACAGGAUCGUUAUAUUAGGAACACUUUUACACAGCAAUAAUAAUAAUAAUAAUAAUAACAAAUUUAUUUGUCUCUUCGAUUACGGUAGCGAAGAUUUAAAAAUAUUUUAAACGAAAAAUAGGAUAUAGCGACAAAACAACAGUUGUUAAAAUACGCUUAUGGUUGAAAAAAUAAACUAUCAACGGUGGGUUACGGAGGAUUUCUUACUAACACCUUAGUAACGCUUAAAUAAGUAAACACCUCAAAAGCCAACUAAUAAAAACAAACGCUUUCUAAAACUUCGUUUUGUUAUCGCUAACAUUUAUAACAGAAUUUCUUAAAAUUCUUACUUUAAAGCGCCCGGAAAUGCAUUUCUUUAUAUUUUUAUCUUUCAAUAAUACAAAAAAAAACACAUCUAAACUGCCUUUAAAACCAUUUAAAACUAUAAAAAUCUUUAUUUAUCUUAAACAACGAAAGAAUAAAAAUUGCGUUUUUAAGAUAUCUAUGAAUUUAAAUAUUUAUUAAUGAUCUCUAUUUUAUUGGUGACGUAAUAUCGGUUUAUUUUGGGGGCGGAAGAAAUUUCAACCCAACGUUUACAGGUUAUUUUAUGUAGAAAAAAGUGAAACGCUUAUAAAAAUAAUAAUAAUAGGCUAUUGUAUACAAGAUAAAUCACACCGACUUUCUUGCUUGCACAUUUUUUUUCUAAUUACAGAUGACUCUGCCGAACUACAGAUGACUCUGCCGAACAUUCUAUUUGAAUAAGGUGAAUAUAUAUGCAAGAGUAGGUUAAACUGUUUUAAAACUGUGCCAAUAUAUAUUCACUGAACUGCCAAGAAGUUAUGGAAGCGAUCCUGGAGAAGAUGGCCUCCUUUGAAGAGAUGUUCUUGCAGCUCAAGAACAAGCAAGAUAAGUAUGAAAGUGAUAAUGCUAAUUCUAAAAACAAUGAUGCUGCUUCUCCUGCUGUCGCUGUUAUUACAGGGUCACCAGAACUCAAAGAGAUGCGCAAGAUGCUUAACAGUCUAGAAACAUCAUUGAAAGACCUAACAGCUCUUGUAAAGAGGACAGACGACCGGCU